AGGAAAAGUUUCAAUAUUAAAAUCAAACUGAAUUUGUUUCAUAGUCAGAUAUGGAAUGAAGAAAUCAACAAAGAGGUGGCAAGCAUCCCAGCCACGGCCACAUUGAGCUGUUAGCAACUUCUGGGGAAACAAAUCUUUUAAUGAGAAGAGAGAAUUUGUACCUGCCAUUGUGCUGAUUGACCUGUGAGCUGAAACUGUCAUGCUGCAUGCUGCGGUAGCACCUGUACAUUGUUUCCCUGCCAAAGGAAUGAAUGGGAUUCGGAAGGAGCUACCCAGGACUUAAGCACAUAAAAUCAGUUCAGAGAUGCAGCACUUGAGGAGCUGUCCAGCAUUUCAGCAUCACAGCAAUACGCUUGGGAUUCACAGAUUGCUGGUGUGCCUCCAGAUCAGAGCAACCGGGAAACGAUGCAGAGAAGAAAGACAGAGCCCUGGUUAGUGAGGGCACCUGGACAGUAGGAGUGGUCUGAAGUGGAAAGAUUAAAAGGAAGCACAGAGCAAGCAACUGACUGUGUGAUGGUUUAAAUAAAAGAAAAAGGGAGUGCUAUGCAAAAUAACUUUCAUGAAAAUCAACUUAUUCCAGUUAGCUGGAAGGAUAUAGAAUCUGAAUGCAAUCUCUGAUGCAAGGCGUUUCAAAUGGAUUGCUCUCAUAUACAAGGUUUUACUAAAGGUCUGAAACUAUUAAAGUGACCUAUUAAAUAUCAUUUAUCAGAGGAAAGUAAGCCUUGUCACUUGUGACAAUGGAUAAUUUUUCAUCUCAACCUGAACUGAAUGCUUCCUGCACUGAUGUGGAUAUUGGUUGCCACAGAAGAGGACAUCCUUGGAACAAUGUGUCAGACCCACAACUGAUUCCUAAUUUCUAUAUUGCUGUGCCGAUCAUCUACUCUGUGAUCUGUGCUGUAGGACUCACGGGAAACUCUGCUGUCAUUUAUGUUAUCUUAAAGGCUCCCAAGAUGAAGACAGUCACCAACAUUUUCAUCCUAAACCUGGCAAUUGCUGAUGAGCUCUUCACUUUGGUGCUUCCUAUUAACAUUGCAGAUUAUCUACUGCUUCAAUGGCCCUUUGGCGAAUUCAUGUGCAAACUGAUUAUCUCCAUUGACCAGUACAACACUUUUUCAAGCAUUUAUUUUCUGACCAUCAUGAGCAUUGAUCGAUAUUUGGUGGUGGUGGCUACUGUCAAAUCAAAGAAAAUGUCUUAUCGCACCUAUAGAGCUGCCAAAACAGUGAGCCUGUGCACCUGGGUUUUAGUCACAAUCAUUAUCUUGCCAUUUAGUAUCUUUGCUAAAAUACAUACUGAAGAGGGGCGCUCCCAGUGUGUCUUUGUUUUCCCAAGCCCUGAGAGUUUCUGGUGGAAAGUGAGUCGUCUCUACACCCUGGUCUUGGGUUUUGCCAUCCCUGUAUCUACCAUUUGCAUCCUGUACAGCACCAUGCUCUACAAGCUAAGACACAUGCACCUCUGCAGCAAUGCCAAAGCCUUGGACAAAGCAAAAAAGAAAGUGACAAUAAUGGUGCUGGUUAUUUUGGGAGUUUGCCUGUUCUGCUGGACUCCCUAUCACCUCAGCACUGUAGUCGCCCUCACUACCGAUAUCCCCCAAACGUCUCUCAUUGUUGGAAUCUCUUAUUUUAUCACCACCCUGAGUUAUGCUAAUAGUUGUCUCAAUCCAUUCCUUUAUGCCUUUUUAGAUGAUACAUUCCGGAAGAGUUUUCGAAAGUUGGUUGAAUGUGGAACUUCCCAAUAAAAUCCCAAUUUGUUUAUAUUAUUUUUUUGGAAGAGUUAACGGACUUCAAAGUAACUUCUAUGAAACACACUUAAAUGGGAGAAUCUGUGAUCGUGAACCAAGUCUCUGCUCAGUAACAAGAACUGUAUGGCCCAUUUAUUUAUUUAUUUAUUUGCAGUAUUUAUAUUCCGCCCUUCUCACCCCGAAGGGGACUCAGGGCGGAUUACAAUCAACACAUAUAUGGCAAACAUUCAAUGCCAACAGACAAACAACAUACAGUAUAGACAGACACAAAGGCAUUUAACAUUUUUCCAGCUUCACGAUUCCGGCCACAGGGGGAGUUGUUGCUUCACCGUCCACUAGUGGCUGUACUUCCUCAUUCCUUUCCUCAUGUUUUGCUGGCAGUUUUAUGGUGUUGUAAAUUAGUUAAAUUAGCUUCCCACAUAAAGCGUACCUAAAUUUCCCUACUUGACAGAUGCAACUGUCUUUCGGGGCUGCAUAGGUCAACAGCAAGCCGGGCUAUUUAGUGGUCGGGGGCUUAACCCAACCCGGGCUUCGAACUCAUGACAUCUCAGUCAGUAGUGAUUUAUUGCAUCUGGUUACUAGCCAGCUGUGCCACAGCCCCGCCCUCAUCAUGAAAUUUUCAUUUCAUUUCAUCAUGAAAUGUUCCUGACUUGAUGGAGAAGCUUACUGAUUCACCAGUAUAUGUUGUCUAUGCAUUCUUUAUUUCCUUUCUCCUUUUUCUCUCCCUUCCAUUCCUUCUCUCUUCUUCCAUUUUCUUUUGUACUUAUACUUCUAUUCAUUAUAGGUUCCCAUCAUUUUAAUGUGAUUUGCAAUAUGGUUUUUGGAAUGUGAAAAAAGUAAAAUGCUGGACAGUAUUAAUUGAAAAUUAAAUUUAUUUGAUGUUUUGGAUGUUUUGUAAAGCCAAAUAAAGUUAUGCAAAAUGCAUUUGCAUAAUAUAUCUGAAUUAUGCUAGUUUAAUGGAUCAUUAUACUGAAAUAUAGAAGGCCUAACAAAAAAAUAUAGAUUAUAGAAAAAAUGUAGAAAUAGACACUAGAAAUGCAUCAUCUCUAAAAAAAAUUACACAAUAUAACCCAGAAACACAAGGUCACAACAUGAAAGUACCAUAAUGUAUCCAUGCCACACAUCACAUUAAAAAUAUGAUACAAUCAAAUGAAUUUUGGAUCUCAAAGAACUGAAAAAUAUGAAGAAAAAAACAGCAAAAAAAACCUGAGUUAUAAGUGUUCUAAUGAUAACAAGACUAAAGUGCUACUCAACUUUCAGCUGCUAAGUCACAGAGUUUGUACAAAAAUGCCUCCUUUCUGAAACUCUGACACAUACAAAUGCAGAACAUACAAAGUGCCAGCUUCCUUAGUCUGUGAGGAACAAGGCUAGCUAUCACUUUGCUUGUCAGUUACUGAAAGGUAUAUUUUACACCCCUGAGAGAUUCAGGUUGAAAUGUAUUUGGUUGUUUCAUGUUUUUAGUGAAGUUUGGAUAGAAUGUGCUAUGUUAUUGCUCAGCACAGUAUUUUAGAUAUAAUACUUUUUAAUAUCUAUAUUUCUAUAUUUAAAAAAAGUUUAGAUUAUUAAAUUUUGUACACAUGUGUAUUGUCCAUGUAUUUGGCAUCCCAAAUUUCUGUUUUAUGUUAAGAUUUUGUUCUUUGUUUGAUUGAUUGGGUUGCUAGUUUUAUAUCUGCAUUUUGGACAACUUGAUGCAUUACCUUCCUCCCAUCAAAUUUUAUCAAAAAUUUAUUGUACAUAUGGUAAAUAAUAUGUUGUUAUCAAAAAGUGAUAUGUUCUUCAAUGGCAGAGAGACUUUUUUUUCAGUUGAGGGUUGUAUUUACUGAAGACAUCCGAAGAAAUAACAGUAGUCAUAAUAGUGGUGGGCAGAACCAGAAAGAAAAGUUUUCCAUCUCAAUCUUGCUCUCUUUUGGGUUCUCCUCACUCAACAUCCAUCGGGCUUCUAAAGAAAAGAGGGAUUUGUUUAUUUGGGACAUUUCUAUACCAUCUUUCUAGGAAGGCCUAAGGUGGUUUACAGCAGCAUUUACACACAAUAUAAAAAUAACCAUCAAAUAAAAGUCUGUAAAAUAAAUCCCAAAGGCAAUUGAAUGUAUUGUUUUUAAAGAGCUUUCAAAUUUCAGCCUAGAGUUAUUCAUUCUCCGGUAUUAAAUUCUAUGGAGCAUUA